CAUUAAACCGGUGUAUUAAAAUUAAAAUACAUUUUUGACAAUGUUUAUUAAUUGUAAAUCGUUUAUUUUACGGUUUUUAUUUGUUUUGGUAUUUAAUAGUUUCAAUUUAAUUAGUUGUACGCCUUUUAUGAACACCAAUGUCAAUAAUAUUACAAAAAUCGUGAAUAAUCGAAUACAAAACACGUGGAAGGUAAGAUGUUUGAAUUAAAUUUAAAAGAGAUUUUCAUAUUAGAAGCAUAUUUUACUGUUAACGGUCAACGAUUUUUAUACAUACAUACAUACAUACAUACAUACAUACAUACAUACAAGUAUAGAAACCAAUUGAAACCUGUGCGCCUGACCGUAUAUCUUUUUUGCAAAUUUGUCUACUACGCAUAUUGUGAAAUUACAAAUGACAUAAUAUAGGUUUGUAAUUAUUUUCAUGUUUGGUUUUAUGCAACAAUUAUAUUAUAUUUUGGGGGAUUGAUGUCUAUUUCAGUAGAUAUCUUAUAUGUUACCUACAAGAUAAACGUGGGUAUGAGGGCAUAUAGAUUGGAUGAAGUAAUAGUUAUGGAUAGGGAGAUGUGCUGAUGGAGAUCACCUCACUAUUGUGUGUGUGGGACAAAGAUAAAUAAGAAGAUAUUGUUAAAGGACAAGUAUAAGUAUAAAAUUAAAGAUUUCAUAUUCCUAGUCUAAUAUAUUUGUAUGUACAUACCCAUUGAAUUUCUUAGGAUAGUAUAGGUACCUAUUUUGAUUUUUUCAUAAACUGUAUAAAACAAGAAUUUAUAAAUAACAAAAGUACUACCGAAAAAAUACAAUUAUUUUAUCACAUACAUAAAUAAAAGUGAAAACAAGCACUAGUGUGAAGUUGGAAAGUUAGGAUAUAUUAUAGAGUAUGAAAAUACAACUAAUGCAUUAAUUCAAAUUUGUUUUUUAGACCACUAAGUGCAACUCAAAAUGUACUUUGUGUUAAAUUUUCCAACAUUUCAUAAGUCGUACAAUUUUAAUAGCAGACACCUAUCAAAUAAAAAUACAUAUAAAAACACCAAAAUAUCAAAUACAGUGGACGCCGCUAAUAAGACUCACUUUGGGACUAACACAAAGUGAGUCUUAUAACCGAAUGAACCUUAUAUCCGUGAGUCUUAUAAGCGGCAUCCAUUGUACCUAAAUUUAGAAUCUUUUGUACAUUUGAUCUUGUCUACAAAACGCCAAUAUAAGUAUUUCGUAAAAAUUAUAGGUUUCUACAGUCAUUUUUCAAUCGAAUAACAACAAAUACCCAAAUUACAUACACUGGACAAAAUUUUCUUUCAGAAAAUAUGCUAUUCUUGAAAUUUGAACGAAAUUCCCGGUAGAAAAAUAUAAUCUUAAACAUUUAAAAUAAUGAAAUCAUUGCGCUGUAAUUUGAAAAAAAAAAUCGUAUUUUUCGUCUUUUUAGUUUUUUCCGUAAGUAUCAAAAAACGAGUUUUUAACAGUAGCUGUAUAUAAAAAGAAACAAAAUUGAUCUCUUGUCGUUUUUCAAUAUUUCCAGUAGAAAACACCGUGAACAUAAAUUAAAAACAAUGAAAACGGUAACGUUGCGGCGCGCCUUAAAUAUUUACCGUUUUACUUUUUCCUAUAAUUUUGUUUCCAGUUUUCCCCAAUUAUUUUAAAAAACCCCUUCAAAAAACGACCUCUUUAAUGCACUAAAUAGAUAAAAUUCACUUUUAUAAAAGAUACUACACUCAGUACAUCAGAGCAAUAUUUCUAGUAGAAAAGUUGUUUAUAGACAUAAGAAAAAAAAAAUACACAUCACAGUAAAACCAACAGAUCCCUCGCUACGCUCCGAACCUAAAACUCAACAAUUUUAAAUAGUCAUUACAAUAAAACAAAAACGUCAGAAUAUAUUUAAAAUUUCGCUACCAGUGCUAAGUAUUCAGUGAAAGUUUUGGGUUUAUGAUUAUUUUUCAUUGUUUUACAAGUUCUUUAAUAAAAUAAAUUCGAAAUUCACAGUCAUUUAGCUGUUUAGGCUUUUACAAUUUCUAUCAAAUUUUGAACUUCAAACACUAAUAAAGAAAAACGAAAUAAUUCCAUUUAUUUUUCAAAAUGUGUUUUCGGGUGUACUUCGUUUGAAAUUUAUUGGUGAAAAACUUCAAAAAAAAAACUUUAAGAUUUUCAACAAUUCUUUUAUCAAAAUAUGUAAUUUUUAUACUUAGUUGAUAAAUAAAAUCUAAUUUCCUUAAUUUUAAUAGUUUUGCACGUGAACCUUGACAAAUAUUUUUGAGAAUUACGCAAAAAGACGUAUAUAUAAUAUAAAUAAAUAUAAAUGCAUAUAAAUAGACAUGUAUUUCGGGUGCACUCAGAGAUCCAAUGGGGUCACUCGCUCGCUUUUAAGUUUUUUUUUUGACGCCACUAGGUUUCUAUUUGUACCCAAAAUACAUUUUUGUUUUUGGGAAUGUUUUAUUUUAAGUAUUCUUUUUUUUAUUAUUAUUGUGUGUUACGGAAAAUUGAACUUUUUAAAGUUUUUCACCGAUAACCUCCAUCAAGCGCCUUCUGACUUUUUUUUACACUCUUAUUGUAUACUCUGGAAUACACAUUUUGAAAAAUAAACCCUAGGUUGCUAAAAAAUCUUAACCGCAGAUUUUUAAUAUUUUUAUAUUGCCAUAGGAACAACUAGUGAUGGACCUUGAAUAUAAUUUUUUAACAUUUUUAAGAAUCCAAAACAAUUGUAUUAGUCUAAAGCCAAAUAAAAAAAAAAAACCGCGAACAUUUCAUAUACCUAUAAAUAUAACUCAAAAAAUACCAACAUGAUCAAAUAGUGCAGGGACGAUGACAAUUUUAUUUGUGGGCAAUGAACCAAAUAUAAAUUUGGAGUAUCUACUUAGUUAAAAGUUAUUCUUAGUAAAACUAAUUAGUAAUAUUACAUAUAUAUAUAUAUACAUAAAAAAUAGUAAUUAUAAAUUGUUAUGUAAUCAUAAACGGAUGCAAAAUGUAUUACAAUGUUAUUCAUACAUACAAAUAUGCGGAGAGUGACGCGAAUGUUACAACGAUGUGUGCUUUCUUCCCUUUGUAUCACUUUUUGGGCUAUUCAGAUAUAGCUAGAAAUUUGUAUGCCGCAGACAUUGAUAGGGGAUUGAUGGUGUGACAGGUCACAAUGCAGAUUAUUUUAUUAAAAUGUGUUAAUGUAUUUAUUUAUUUAUGUACAUUCGUUUAGGCUGGAUACAUUGGCCUGCAAUUUGUAAAGACCGUGAAGCAUCUUGUUGGAGUUCUGCCACGAAAGAAACUAAGUUUAACAGACAUUCUUCAAUCAUACGACUUACCUAAUCCUCGCGAUCCUCUGCCGGAAAGUUAUGAUGUUACACUUAAUUGGCCCAUGUGCGAAUCAGUCAUUUCAAUUAGAGAUCAAUCACAUUGUGGAUCUUGUUGGGUACUGUUUUUUAUAUUAUUUUUUAAACUCUAUUAAUUCUUAGUUCUUUUUAUAAUAAAUUAUUAUCUUUAAUUAAUUAGAUGAGUACUUUCUGACGGUUUAUAAUAUUACUCAUUAUUGUACAUUUGCUUAAAUAUAUAGGCCCUAGCGACAGCGUCUUCAUUUGGUGAUCGUUUAUGUAUAGCUACCAACACAACUAUCAAUAAAGUCCUCUCCGGAGAAUAUAUAAACUCAUGUUGUAAAGGUGGUGGAUGUAACGGAGGCCAUCCAGAAAAGGCAUGGAAGUUUAUAAAGAAAAAUGGAAUAUGCACAGGAGGCGAAUACGAUUCUAACGAGGUUAGUAUAGUUUACCUGCAGUUAUGUGCAAAUAUCUCAUUUCAAACCGAAGUAAAAUUUUAUUAUAAACAACGAUUUCAAACAUCUUGUACAUUUUUGCAACUCCUCUUUGAUUUUAUCUAUAGUAAUUUUAAAUUAUAAAUUUAAUUUAAUGUUUGAAGGCCUCCUUAGAGUGUAGUACCUCUGGACCCUCCAGUAAAUACGCUAAUGAUUGUAUUAUGUAGGUAAAACGUGUGUUAUUUUGAUAGUUGUCUUUAGAAUUUCAUAUUUGUUUAAAAAAAAAUAAAUUUAUGUUUAAUCCUGUGAUUUUAAAAAUGUUUUAAGAAUGAAAUAGGUAGGUAUAUUGUGUUUAAUGGGUAGUUAUUAGAAUCACUUAGCUGUAAUAAAUUUCCUUACUUGUCUUUAAUCAAAUAAGUAGGUAUCUAUAUCUAGAUUAAAAAAUCAUCAUAUAUAUAUAUCUAUUCAAAUAUUUAUCAUUAUUAAUUUUCGGUUUUUUUUUUUUUUUUUACAAGUGUUCAAUAUAUUUUAUUUUUAGAAUUUGAGAGUUAAGUCUGACUAAAAUAUCAUCUCAGUCAUAUUAUUGUUGAAUGGAACAAUCGCUACCACUCCUCUUUCAGUUUUCAUUCUAGGACGUUAUAUAUUAUUAGCAACACAACCGUUUCAUUCAUUCGUUACAAUGGAUUUAUAUAUUUGUCUUUGGGUCAAUAACAUUUUAACCGUGAUAGAUUGUUUCACGCUAAAAUUAAUUUUACCGCGUUAUCGUAAAUUCAUAAUAUUGUACGAGCAAUAUACAUGCACACAUAUGUAUAUUCGUUUACCAGAGUAUAUUUAAGCGUCAAUGUCCACAGUCUACAAGCAUAAAUUUUAUUAAAUUAUUAAUAAUAAGCGAUCUAAUGAUAAUUCUCAGCGUUAUUAAUUUAUUGCACAAAGUAGAACAUCUGAGAAUAAUACUUCAUUUUUUAGCAUUCAUACAAAAUUCACAUAUUUUUCCCAUAUAAAAAUAAUUUCAUUAUUUAUAUUUAACUUAAUUUUAGGGAUGCCAACCAUAUAGUAUACCCCCUUGUCCAAGAAUAACAAAUAACGAUUGCUCAGUGAAAAAUGGAGCCACCCCGCGGUGUAGCAAGACUCAGUGUACCAAUACCAACUACGAGAUACCUUUAUCAUCGGAUCUGUACUACGGUAAAUACUACAUUUUAAUAAUUUUUAAAAUAUUUAAGUAAUGUAGCUUAAAAGAAUUUUUAUUGUAUCGUAUAAACGGUUUUAAGCUACUAAAGUGUACUCCGUUAGACCAAAAACGGAAGUUAUCAUGAAUGAAAUAUACACAAAUGGCCCAGUUGUUGCUGCUAUGAAAGUCUAUGAUGAUUUCUUGUACUACCAAGGCGGUCAGUAAUAUACUACAUUGUACAUAACCACAAUUAAUAUAAUAUAAUUAUUUUACACCCGCAAUUGUAAAUAUAUUAGUACUUUAUAAAUUAUAUAAAUUAUAAAAUAAUUAUAGUUUAUUUCCAUUUUUAGGAAUAUACCAAUAUGUAACUGGUUCGUUACAAGGAGAUCACGCUGUAAAAUUGAUGGGAUGGGGCCAAGACGAUGGAAUAGACUAUUGGCUGGUCGCUAAUACCUGGGGUUAUCUUUGGGGUAUGAAUGGAAUGUUUAAAAUUCGAAGAGGGAUCAACGAAUGCGAAAUUGAAAGCCGUAUAACCGGCGGAUUACCAAAAGUGUAAAUGUAUGUUUGUAACGUGUAUAACUGGAAUGUUAUCAAUGACACCAUAUAAUGUUUAUUUGUUUUAGCAAUUAGACAUUUUACAUUUUACUAUGUGUUUAAUAUGUAGAAAUAUAUUGAAGGAUAAAUGUGAGUAAUUUAUUAUGUUGUAUACUCAUAACAAAAUUUUGAAUGAUUAAUGAGUGUACGUUUUAAGUGGUGGGGUGGGGAGGGGGGAAUGCAAUUCUUCUAUAAUAAUAUCGUCAUAUUGAUUACUUGUACACUAUAUGAUCGGAUAGGUC